AUGAAAAGAGUCCCUACCUCUACAAAUGAAAAGGCACCUUUACUGCUGAGCCCUGUUAGUGUUGGAUCAACAGUUGGUACUAGAUCGUCAAGUCGUAAAAAAGUCAGAAGAACUUUUGUAAUUGAUCUCACUUCAUCUGCUCCAGUAAUAAAUCCUACCCCAGCACCAGAGCCUGUGUUGCUACCAAAGCCAAUAGAAACAAGUGAAGAUAAAGUUUUGCGCUUAGAAAAAAGGCUAAGACGAUACAGACAAAAGCUAAAGACUAACUCUUAUAUAUAAAUAAUUAUUUAUUUCGAAAAAAAAAUUAAUUUUAUUCAAAUUUAUAUAGGGGAUAUUAAGGAUAUACUUGAACUAGAUUUAAGAGAAAAUAUUUCAAAACUUAAUUUAAGCCUAGACCAAAAAACAAAGGAAUAUGAAAGAGAAAAGACUGAAAUUUUAAAAUCUAAGUUUUCGCUAGAAAAAACAAUAGAAGAUAAGCAAGAAAAAAUUGAUAAAAUUUCUCAAGAAAACAAGCGCUUACAAGAUGAGCUCCAUGAAGCAAAAAGUAUUUUUAUUCAAGCUGGGCAAGAAAAAGGCUCUUUAUACGCUUUGCAAAUGGAAAAUAUGCAAGAGAAGCUUUUUGCUAAAAGUGAAAGAGUCAGCCAAUUAGAGCUUGAACUCUCAAAAUCUAAAAGAAAAAUUGAGUCUUUAGAGAGCAAAGUAUAGCCAAUCACAUAAUUUACAGUCAUUUCUUACCUGUCAAGAAUUUUUGACAAAGCCGUUGAUCUUUUUUAUAUUAUAUAUAAUUAUGUGUGAAAAAUAAACAAUGAACUAUACAAGAAAUGAAAAUUGAAAUAGAAGCAAAGAAAACAUUAAAUAGCACGAUUGAGUAA